GCCCAGCCACCCGAGCGGAGGCGGCCGAGGCCAGUCAGGCACUGAAUGGACUGGCAGCGCCCAGCUCUGUCCCGCCCGCGGCCGGCCCCCGCGUCUGCUCCCUCCCCGCCCCGGCCCCUGCCGGCCGCCGCCAGCGCCCUCCCCGGCUGUGAAUGAAAGGCGGGCGCAGCCGAGGGCUGGCUGGGAACGCCGCGGCGACGCCGGCCUCCCGGGAGGCGCGCGCCCAGCCGAGAUGUACGGUGUGUGUGGCUGCUGCGGUGCCCUGCGCCCCAGGUACAAAAGGCUGGUUGACAACAUCUUCCCUGAGGAUCCUGAGGAUGGUCUGGUGAAGACAAACAUGGAGAAGCUGACCUUCUAUGCCCUCUCAGCUCCAGAAAAACUUGAUCGUAUUGGCGCCUAUCUCUCUGAGAGGCUCAUCCGUGACGUGGGUCGUCAUCGAUAUGGGUACGUGUGCAUUGCCAUGGAGGCUUUGGACCAGCUGCUCAUGGCCUGCCACUGCCAGAGCAUCAACCUCUUCGUGGAGAGCUUCCUCAAGAUGGUGGCCAAGCUGCUGGAGUCAGAGAAGCCCAACCUGCAGAUCCUUGGAACCAACUCGUUUGUGAAGUUUGCCAACAUCGAGGAGGAUACCCCGUCCUAUCACCGGAGCUAUGACUUCUUUGUGUCCCGAUUCAGUGAAAUGUGCCACUCGAGCCACGAUGACUUAGAAAUCAAGACUAAAAUUCGAAUGUCAGGCAUCAAAGGCCUGCAAGGGGUGGUGAGGAAGACAGUGAAUGAUGAACUGCAGGCCAAUAUCUGGGACCCACAGCACAUGGACAAGAUCGUUCCAUCACUGCUUUUCAAUCUGCAGCACGUAGAGGAGGCAGAGAGCCGGUCUCCCUCACCCCUCCAAGCACCCGAGAAGGAGAAAGAGAGCCCCGCGGAGCUGGCUGAGAGGUGCCUUCGGGAGCUGCUGGGCCGGGCUGCCUUUGGCAACAUCAAAAAUGCCAUCAAACCUGUUCUCAUCCAUCUGGAUAACCAUUCUCUUUGGGAGCCCAAGGUGUUCGCCAUCCGUUGCUUUAAAAUCAUCAUGUACUCAAUUCAGCCGCAGCACUCCCACCUGGUUAUCCAGCAGCUCCUGGGCCACCUGGACGCCAACAGCCGCAGCGCCGCGACGGUGCGCGCGGGCAUCGUGGAGGUCCUGUCCGAAGCCGCGGUCAUCGCAGCCACUGGCUCUGUGGGGCCCACGGUGCUGGAGAUGUUCAACACGCUGCUGAGGCAGCUGCGGCUCAGCAUCGACUACGCACUGACCGGAAGCUACGACGGGGCCGUCAGCCUCGGCACCAAGAUCAUCAAGGAGCACGAAGAGCGCAUGUUCCAGGAGGCCGUCAUCAAGACCGUCGGCUCCUUUGCCAGCACGCUGCCCACCUACCAGCGAUCCGAGGUGAUCCUCUUCAUCAUGAGCAAGGUCCCGCUGCCGUCCCUGCACCAGGCGGUGGACACGGGCAGGACAGGGGAGAACAGGAACCGACUGACCCAGAUUAUGCUGCUAAAAUCCCUCCUGCAGGUAUCCACAGGUUUCCAGUGCAACAACAUGAUGUCAGCCCUGCCCAGCAACUUCCUGGACCGCCUUCUCUCCACUGCCCUCAUGGAGGAUGCAGAAAUUCGACUCUUUGUUCUAGAGAUUCUCAUCAGUUUCAUUGAUCGUCAUGGCAAUCGCCACAAGUUCUCUACCAUCAGUACCCUCAGUGACAUCUCUGUCCUAAAGCUGAAAGUGGACAAGUGCUCUCGACAGGACACCGUCUUCAUGAAGAAGCACUCCCAGCAGCUCUACAGACACAUCUACCUGAGCUGCAAGGAGGAAACGAACGUGCAGAAACACUACGAGGCGCUCUAUGGCUUGCUGGCCCUCAUCAGCAUCGAGCUGGCCAAUGAGGAGGUGGUGGUGGACCUCAUCCGUCUGGUGCUGGCUGUUCAGGACGUAGCCCAGGUCAAUGAGGAGAACUUGCCUGUCUACAACCGCUGUGCCCUGUACGCUCUGGGUGCAGCCUACCUGAACCUCAUCAGCCAGCUCACAACAGUGCCUGCCUUCUGCCAGCACAUCCAUGAGGUGAUAGAGACCAGGAAGAAAGAAGCUCCAUAUAUGCUCCCUGAGGAUGUGUUUGUGGAGAGGCCCAGGCUGUCUCAGAAUCUUGAUGGGGUAGUGAUUGAGCUCCUCUUCCGCCAGAGCAAGAUCAGUGAAGUCUUGGGAGGCAGUGGCUACAAUUCAGAUCGGCUCUGCCUGCCCUACAUCCCUCAGCUGACAGAUGAGGAUCGCUUAUCCAAGAGGAGAAGCAUUGGAGAGACCAUCUCCCUGCAAGUGGAGGUAGAAUCAAGGAACAGCCCAGAGAAGGAGGAGCGAGUGCCUGCCGAGGAGAUCACCUAUGAGACGCUGAAGAAAGCCAUUGUGGACAGCGUAGCUGUGGAGGAGCAGGAGCGUGAGCGGCGGCGACAGGUGGUGGAGAAGUUCCAGAAGGCACCCUUUGAGGAGAUUGCCGCACACUGUGGGGCCCGGGCAUCGCUGCUCCAGAGCAAACUCAAUCAGAUCUUCGAAAUCACCAUCCGGCCUCCACCAAGCCCAUCAGGAACCAUCACCGCAGCCUACGGUCAGCCGCAGAACCACUCCAUUCCGGUCUAUGAAAUGAAGUUUCCCGAUCUGUGCGUAUACUGAAUUCCAAGAGCUGGAGCUCCUCAAGGGGAUGGGGUCUGAGGGAGGGGCUCACCUCACGCCCACUCAGGCCCCAUGGAGAUCUGGCUGGGAUCCCCGAAAAAACGUCACCUUGGAUGGCAGUGCCCCCCAGGCUAAGCCAAGGUGGAGACUCUGGUCCUUCUUGGCCCUGCUACCUCCUCGUCUUCCCCAAGGGAGAUCUCACCGACACGUGUCUCACCUUGGCCCUUCAUCUUCUCUUUUGUGGCAGCCAGGGGCAGAGAAUCGUGGGGUGUCUCCAGAGAGAAGCCAGGGUAUGGGGGCGGAGAAGCUCCCACUUGGAGUUUUGAGUGAAGGGCUUCCAUGGGGGCCCGUUUCCUCCCCAGAUGAGGAAGCUGGAUGGAGACUUGGUUGGUGAGAGGAAGUGAUGGGCUCUACCCCGCUAGGGAAGGAAGCUGAGAGCCGAAAGCCUGUCUCCUCCGGAGCCUCCCCACCUCCCCGCCCAUGGCCCUGCUGUGUCUCCCACUCUCUUGCUCAUCCCCCAGUUGUCUGUUUAUGUUUCUUCUGUUAAUGAAUGCUGAGCCCUUAUUACAGGAGCUGGGGUGGAGACGCCACGGGGCAGGACGGCAAAGGACAGGAAGCAGGGCUGGCAGGAGGUGAGGCCAUGGCAUCAGAGUGUGGCCUGCAGCAGCUUCUCACCUCCUUUAUUCGGAGGGAGCCUGCGAUGGCCUCCCACAGUCCUGUCUGCCGGACGUUUUUCAGAGUUGGGUCUCUUUGAUGUCUUUCUUCUGAGGGUCCCAAGGUGUUCCUGGAGCCUCUGGGUUGAGGGAAGGCAGAACAAGCUAAUUUCAGAGGGGAACUGCAGGGCGCCCAAGAUUUGCCCACAUCGCCUCCUAUGGAAGAGACUCCCAGCCUGGCCUGGGUCGUAGGAGAGUCGGGAGGGUGGGAUGAGUGGCGUUUGGGGGCUCAGGGAUAUCAGAAGCCAACUUUUUGGAUGUUCCAUUUGAAGAAAGAAGGAUCUAACCAAAUAUGGGAAUGAUUUCUUCACUCUCUGGAUAAAGUCUGAGACAUCGGGACCAUCUGGCAACACUUGUGGCUUGGGAGGGGCCGUGGAGACUCCUUUGACUUCUGGAUGCUUGUUUUCCUGGUGUGCUGUCUGUGUCUCUGUGUAACGACGGUGUGCAGAGAGGAGCUAAUGUGGAGCCAGGCAGAGACGCCCAGGAGAUAGUUUGCUGCCCUCUUUGCCAGUUCUCCUGCCGGGCUGUCUUCCAGGUGCCUUUGUGCCUCCGGGGUGCCCCUGACAGAACCUCACCUCGGCCUCCUCCCCGGGCAGUGCCAUGGGGUCCAAACUGGCCCUUUCCUUCCCCUUCAGUCACAUUUCCCACAACUCCUCCGAGCCGACAUAACCUACAGUAAGAUGUGAAUAGCACAUGUUCUCUCCCUGGAGUCUGCUUUCCAGAGGAGGCAGUGUGACUAGAUUUCUCAAUCCAAAGGAAUCCAUUAUUUAUUUAUUUAUUUAUUUUUAGAGAUGGGGGUCUCACUAUGUUGCCCAGGCUGACCUUGAACUCCUGAGUUUAAGUGAUUCUCCCUCCUCAGCCUCCUGAGUAGCUGGAAAUCCUUUUUAGGAAACAAUUUCAGGCAGUAUGGCAUGGAGUCAGAAGCAGGCUGUUUCUGCUAAGGUUGGGGGGGGGCAGGCUUCUUGGAAUGUGCCACCAAAGCGUGGCACACACGGAUGUACAGGGACAGCCUGAUUGUUAGGUGGAUGUAUUUUCCAGAAUCCGGGAGAGCCUUAACACAAGCAUUUCCCAUUAAUAUGUGCAAUAAGUUUCUUGGGGAAGCGGUUAUUUGACUCUCAUUCCCACAGGUAGGCACUUCAGAUGAAGCUCUUCCCCAUGGUCAUGAUCUCUGCUGUGGGCAUGCAGCUUCUUGUUUGUGUUUUCUUUUUUGUUUGUUUUGUUUGUUUUUGAGAUGGAGUCUCACUGUGUCACCCAGGCUGGAGUGCAAUGGCACCACCUCGGCUCACGGUAACCUCUGCCUCCUGGGUUCAAGUGAUUCUCCUGCCUCAACCUCCUGAGUAGCUGGGAUUACAAGUGUGUGCCACCAUGCCCAGAAAAUUCUUAGUAGAAAUGGGGUUUCACCAUGUUGGCCGGGCUGGUCUCAAGUUCCUGACCUCAAGCAAUCCACCCACCUCAGCCUCCCAAAGUGCCGAAUGACAGGCAUGAGCUAUCGCACCCGGCUUGGCACUCGGCUUCUGAACGGCCUGAGUGAGUGCCGGCCCAGGCAUGAAGGCUCCUGUGCCCCCAGGGCUUUUUGGCUGUGCUUUAUGGCCCCUGGCUUAUGCUCAGCUCAAUUUUACAAGCAUGAACUUAGACUUCUCUUUAGUGUUUCUAUAUGAAAAAGAAACAAGUUUAACUCAAAAUUGACAGCAACUGCUAACCUUUGAAAGAAACUUUAAGGAAAAUUGAAAUCUUGAGCCACAAACAUGCCUUUCCUCACUGGCUCCUCCCAGGUUUUAUCCUGUGCCCAGCUUGGAUGAGAGACCCUCUGUUUCACAGGCCUACUUGACAUUGACAUUAGGGCUUCCUCGUGGCAGCUUCAUCCUGAGCACUGCCUGUGAGCCCUGGUUCUGGGACUUGGCAGUCGCCUCCCUGGAGGGUCUUUCCAGACCCGGCAUUAGAACCAGAGACCUGCAGGUCCACUCAGAUGUUUCUGCCCCUCAUCCCCGUCCUGUGAAUAGCGAGAAGGAAAAGGUGCAGGCUCCCAUUCUGCAUAGACUCUGCUGUUCCCUAUCCAUCUGCCCCAGGCAGCAUCUCCUUUCAUCAUUACUGCUUAGCAAAAAUGUACUUCUUUUGAAAAACUCGUCAUUUUUUGAGUGCCCUCUUCUCGGUUUCAUUUAAACUUAGACUCAGAGUGUUAGGUUGUCUGCUGACAUGGAGCAGAACCUGGAUUCUGGCCAAAUAUGCCAGAAUCAGAAAGGUUAAAGUUGAGUGUUAGAGUAGGUAGUCUCCUCAUCCCAGCACAGGCCCUGGGAGAGAGGCAAAGCAGUUGGAUGGGGUCUAGAUGGGAGGGCUACCCCAGCCCUUGGGCUAGCAUCAGCGCGUCCUGCUUCCCAAGCCCCUGGCGGCUGGCGGCACUGCAUCAUACGCCUUCUUGCCACCCUUCUCUGCUGUGAUUUUGAGCAAAGAGGAACCAGUAAGCCCAUUGAGACCAGCUGUUCGCAAAGCCCCAAGGACUGCGGCUCUGUGGGGAAGGGCUGGCAUUGGUCAGGACUCCGCUGGCCGCACGGAGUAGGCAGGAGUAUAUUUGAGAUUUGGAAGUUCUGUUAAUUUGGUGGCGUCAGGUGAACGCAUAAGAAGCAGAUCAGCAGAAAGCACCAGUGUGGCCCCGGAGGCUCCCUCUGUUUUCCUUGCAGUGGAGACCCCAGCACCUUGUGCCUGUUUCCAUCUUCCUCUCUCUUUGAAAUCAGUGGUUUCUUGACUCCUAAACAGCCUCCUCACUAUAGAAGGAGCCUAAGCAGGUCAGCAGAACUACGAAAGUUCCCGGAGACCCUGCUGUGUCCAGCCCUCUUUCCCAUACACAGAUACAAAUGGAUGAGCAGGAAAAGAGGAGGCCCGGACCCGCUAAUGUACUUUGAGAAGCACAAGUGUUGUAGGUGCGCCGCCCUUUUCCCUGGCUGUUCUAGGUCCCACAGAACACAAUUCAACUGGACCAAGAAUCAGAGUAGCCGGGAGUUUCUCUGAACAGCUCAGGCCAGGCCUCUGGGCUCCUCUGGAGGCCCUGGGACACGAUGCCUUCCAGUUUCCAUUCCAUUAUCCCUAGGCCUCCUGACCCGGCAACAGAGUGCCCUGGAGAAGUGAGACUAUUUUUCCCAGUCCCUCUUCAUGACCAGAAAAUGGCAGCUAGCCGGUUGGGGUCCAGCGGGAAAGGGCUAGACUGGGCUGUUAGGUAGAUACUAGGUUAAAAGGUAGACAGGGAGAGGGCUUCAUCAGGGCAGGGCAGGCCCACUUCCUGUGACCCCAGACCUCGGCAGGCAGGUCAUGCUAAAACCAGGCAUCUCCCUCACACUUGGGGAAAGAUUUGGGGCAGUGUGUUGCCUCCUCAUCCCAUUAGCCCUAGAUAUCUUCUGGUUUGAGUGGCCCCUUACCCCACAUCUGGCCUAGGUCUGAAGACUGCAGAAGGAUGGUUAUGGUGGGCCUGUCCUAGAGCCUGGCUAUCUGGGAGAUGGCGUAUGGCGGUGACAGGAGGGCAGUGGGAAGGGCUUUGUGGCCCUGCUGGGGCCAAAGGCAGUUUUCUGUGCUCCCUUUAGCCCCAGCCUGGCUGGCCAGGUCUCCUCUCUUCAGGGGACCAUGGGGCCGACCAAGCCCAUCACCUUCCCCUUCCAAGCUCUACCCCCAUGACUGCUGAUUUCUGGCAUGUGAAGGCAGAGCUGUGAACCCACAAAUGCUGCAGCCCAUACCUCAUAAUGUGUCUGUGUCCACUUAGAGCCUCACGACCUGGCUGAGUGUGUGUGUGUGCAUGUGUGUGUAGUGUAGUUUGUAGUUGACAGUAUGUGUACAUAAUAGAUGGUAUAUUCAUAUGUGAGCGCAGAAUUAGUGCCCGUGGCGGUUUUCUGUAUUUUAAACCCAUUGGAUUGAUUAGUUCUAUUUUAGGAAAGUGGGAAAGGGAGUGUUGGGGAAGUGUAGGAAGAAGGAUUCUUAGCAAAAUCACUCUCUAGGCCCAUUAGUCGCGAUCUCCCAGUGAGCCGUCAUGAUGCCCUUUUCAAAUAAAUGUUAAUGUUGCCACCAC